AUGAACCUUAUAUGUCGUAUGAUAGUCUACUAUUUCCUGGCUAUUUAUUUAAAGGGUCUGCUGCAAUCUUUGAAGUUGUACGCCGGCCACCCUCCGGACCUUGUAAAAUGCAAUGCUGAGUUUGACUUUCCAGCAGAUGAUGAUGAGCUCACUUCUGGUGAUUAUGAUGUCAGUUUAUUCGACGGUUCCGGUUCCGGCGAGGCUGAUUUAAAUAAGAUCAGCCGAGAUGCGGACGAAGACAAAAGCGAGGAGAGUAACCCACCGCCGUUCAUCACGCCCCCGCCGCCGAAUCCAGAUUAUAAAGGUCCGAAAGGCGAGAAGGGUGACAAGGGGGAUAAGGGCGAGAGCGUCCGGGGUCCUCCGGGGCCUCCCGGCCCGCCUGGUCGCGACGAGGAUUGGCUGAUGAAGAUACCACAGGGACCACCCGGUCAGAAGGGAGACCCCGGCACUUGCAUCUGCAACGCCACGGCCUUAAUGUCUUCCUUUACGAUGCCAAAGAUGAUACAAGGGCCGAAAGGUGAGCCAGGAGUACCCGGACAGGAAGGCAAGCAGGGCCUAAUGGGUCUCACGGGUGCGGCAGGACCGCCAGGGGAAAGAGGACUGCAGGGUCCGUCCGGGGCGAAAGGUGACAAGGGUGAUAUUGGAAUAGCGGGACCGGAAGGUCCUCAAGGUCAGAAGGGUGAGCCGGGUCGGGACGGAAUACCCGGCGAAAAGGGUGCGCAAGGUCCGCCGGGGCCGCCCGGAAAAGGAGAAUUUUCUAGCUAUGACCCGGAAGGUAUCACAAUGAGACCAGGACUUCCAGGACAAAAGGGUGAGCCGGGCAUUUCAGGAAACCCCGGUCCUAAAGGCGAGGCUGGAAUACCCGGAUCCAAAGGUAUCAAAGGCGAGCCCGGGCACAAAGGUGCCAAGGGCGAUCAUGGAAAGGAUGGUCCCAGAGGAAUUCAGGGCUUUAAGGGCGAACCUGGCGCGCCCGGCGCACCUGGAUUGCCCGGCGCGCCCGGCGAAAACGGUCGACCGGCGGAGAAGGGCGAUAAGGGCGACACAGGACCUGAAGGAAAAGUUGGAUCCCCAGGACCACCCGGUCCAGCUGGUGUGAGCGGCCCCGGUGGCAUAAACGUGGGAGAUCUAGGAUUUGGCACAAAGGGGGAUAAAGGUGAUAGCGGAGCGCGCGGGUACAAGGGCGAUAAGGGCACGAAGGGCGAGAAGGGCGAUAAGGGUGACAGCGGGCCAGCCGGUAUUCCCGGAAUAAACGGUAUUCAAGGACCUCAAGGAGAUAAAGGCGAACCGGGUAAAGACGGAGUAUCAGGAUUACCCGGCAUACCUGGCGCUAAAGGCGAGAGAGGUGAGAGAGGUCCUCCUGGAGCUACUACCGUCGCCAAUUCCGGCGACUAUAUCACCAUCAAAGGUGAGAAAGGCGCCGAAGGAAAACGUGGCAGGAGAGGACGACCUGGACCGCCUGGUCCCGUGGGCCCUCCCGGAAAACCAGGAGUUACGGGAGAAAUCGGUCUACCAGGAUGGAUGGUACGUGGUCGUCCUGGGACUCCUGGAAUUCCGGGAAGUAUCGGAGCAAUGGGACCCAAGGGAGACAAGGGGGAACCUGGCGCACCGAGUCCUUACGGUGUUUCUGUCGGUAUUAAAGGCGACAAAGGGGAUGACGGUUUUCCUGGAAUUCCUGGACAACCCGGAAGAGAAGGCCAAAGGGGACCUCCAGGACCUCCCGGACCUCCUGGAGCACCGUCUCAAGGAAAAUAUAUUCCAGUUCCAGGACCUCCCGGUCCCCCCGGACCCCCCGGUCCGCCCGGCCUGUCUUUAAUCGGGCAGAAAGGAGAACCCGGGAUCGGUAGAAGUCACGUUUUCGGAGAAAGAGAUUACUACCCCCCCAGGCAAGGAGCCAGAAGUAGUCUGGACGAAUUGAAAGCUCUACGUGAACUCAAGCAACUGAAAGAACUGAAAGAGCAAUUAGGUGUCGUUACCGCCGCUACAAGGGGACCUUUAGAAAGUACAACGAAAAUUGUGCCAGGAGCUGUUACGUUCCAAAACACAGAAGCCAUGACAAAAAUGUCUAGUGUUAGUCCAGUCGGAACCCUGGCCUACAUCAUAGACGAACAAGCUUUACUAGUCAGAGUUAACAACGGAUGGCAAUAUAUCGCACUCGGGUCACUUUUGCCUAUCACAACGCCAGCACCACCGACGACAUCGCCACCGCCGGCAAACCCUCCCUUCGAAGCAUCCAACUUAAUUAACCAGAUACCCGUGAAAGCCGACGGAACAGGGUGGUAUCCGCGAAUGUUGAGGAUGGCUGCGUUGAAUGAGCCGUUCACCGGAGAUAUGCACGGUAUACGAGGAGCAGACUACGCUUGCUAUCGACAAUCCAGGCGGGCAGGCUUGAAAGGUACCUUCCGCGCUUUCCUUAGCUCUCGAGUUCAAAACGUCGAUAGCAUCGUCAGAUUAGGAGAUAGAGAUCUUCCUAUAGUUAAUAUAAAGGGUGACGUGCUGUUCAAUUCUUGGAAAGAGAUGUUCAACGGAAAUGGGGCGUACUUCUCUCAGAAUCCCAGAAUCUACAGCUUCAAUGGGAAGAACAUCCUUACUGACUUCGCGUGGCCUGAGAAAGUCGCGUGGCAUGGCUCUCACAAACUCGGCGAUCGUGCAAUGGACACUUACUGCGACGCCUGGCACUCGAGCAGUUCGGAUCGCUACGGACUAGGCUCGCCGUUGACCGGCGGUCGACUGUUAGAACAAGUACGAUACUCGUGCGACAAUAAAUUCGCGCUGCUUUGCAUCGAGGUGUCGAGCGAGCUGGUGAGGAGACGGCGGGGCGUCGACAAUCGACCAGACGACAACAUCGAGAUGACGGAGAACGAUUACAUGGAGUACUUGGAAGAGCUCAUGCAAUACUGA